AAACCUGCAAAAAAGUGUCAGGGUCUCAAAAUAUAAGUUCCAAAUUCAAUUUUACUCCGAUAACAAGUUCCGCGACAAAAAAUUUGCUGAUUUCAGCUAACGAAUGUUCCAGCAAUAAACAACAAAUAUGGCGGCUAUGCAAGGAAGAGGAAUGAUCCAACCUCAAAUAAUUCUACUAAAAGAAGGUACUGACUCUUCUCAAGGAAUACCUCAAUUAAUAAGUAACAUUAAUGCUUGUGAAGUGGUUGCUGAUGCCAUUAGAACAACUCUUGGUCCACGUGGUAUGGACAAACUUAUUGUUGGAGGGAAUGGAAAAUCAACUAUUUCAAAUGAUGGUGCAACAAUUGUUAAGCUAUUAGAUAUUGUUCAUCCAGCUGCUAGAACUUUAGUUGAUAUUGCUAAAUCACAAGACGCUGAGGUUGGUGAUGGUACUACAAGUGUAAUACUUCUUGCUGUUGAGUUUUUAAAGCAAGUUAAACCACUUGUUGAAGAAGGUGUUCAUCCACAGAUAUUAAUUAAAGGCUUCCGAAAAGCAACAAAAUUUGUAUUGGAAAAAAUUCAAGAGCUUUCUGUGAAAAUAAAAAAAGAAGAUCCUGUGGAAAUGAGGCAGGUGCUACAGAGAUGUGCUGAAACUGCACUUAGUUCAAAGCUUGUAGCUCGGCAUAAAGAAUUUUUUGGAAAAAUGGUGGUUGAAGCUGUGACACACUUAGAUGAGUUAUUACCUCUUAACAUGAUUGGUGUUAAAAAAGUCCAGGGCGGUGCUUUGGAGGCUUCCCAGCUAAUUCAAGGAGUUGCUUUUAAGAAAACAUUUUCGUAUGCAGGUUUUGAGAUGCAACCUAAGAAGUAUAAAUCACCUAAAAUUGCUAUGUUGAAUGUUGAGUUAGAACUUAGGGCUGAAAAAGAAAAUGCUGAAGUUCGUGUUGAUAAUGUUGAGGAAUACCAGAAAAUUGUGGAUGCAGAAUGGAAUAUAUUAUAUGAAAAACUUGAAAAUAUUGUUAAAAGCGGAGCCAAAGUUGUUUUAUCCAAGUUACCUAUUGGUGAUGUUGCUACACAGUAUUUUGCUGAUCGAGAUAUAUUUUGCGCUGGAAGAGUUGUUGAAGAUGAUUUAGUACGAACUAUGAAAGCUUGUGGUGGCUCCAUCCAAACAAGUGUUCAAGUACUUUCAGAUGAUGUUUUAGGAACAUGUGAAGACUUUGAAGAAGUUCAAAUAGGAGGGGAACGAUAUAACCUUUUAAAAGGUUGUCCUAAUGCAAAAACAGUAACUUUGAUAUUACGUGGAGGUGCAGAGCAAUUUAUUGAAGAGACUGAGAGGUCUUUGCAUGAUGCUAUUAUGAUUGUCAGGCGUGCUCUAAAGAAUGAUGCAGUUGUUGCUGGUGGUGGUGCAAUUGAGAUGGAGUUAAGUAGACUUUUGCGUGAUUAUUCAAGAACUAUUGCAGGAAAAGAACAACUUAUACUUGCAGCUUUUGCUAAGUCAUUAGAGGUCAUUCCAAGACAAUUGUGUGAUAAUGCUGGUUUUGACUCGAUUUCCCUAUUGAAUAAGCUUCGCCAGAAACAUGCAACAGGUGGAUUAUGGUAUGGAAUAGACAUUUUAAGUGAAGAUAUUGCUGAUAAUUUUGAAAAAUUUGUAUGGGAACCUGCAAUUGUUCGAAUAAACGCUUUAACUGCUGCUUCAGAAGCUGCUUGCCUAAUUCUUUCCGUCGAUGAAACCGUACAAAAUCCUAAAUCUGACGUAAGUGGAAACGAUAAUCCGAUUACCGGUAAACGAGGCCGAACUGCACUGGGUUAAACAAAAUUGAUCAAUUACUAGGCAUAUUCGAAAUACUUUUGCAGUACGAAACAAUAGAGUAAUUACUGUUUUUUCCGUCAUUACGGUUGUGUAUAUACUUAUAAACUUUCUUAGAAAAAGUUUUCUUACCGUGCUGAAUUGAAAA